AUGAGUCUUCUUCCCAUAUUGUUUAUUAGUUGUUUCUUUUGUGUUGGUAAAGCCAAAGACUGUGGUGGAAAUAUUGUUACAAAAACCAUCAUUGUCGGUAAAGAUGGGCACGCAGCAUUCAGUACAAUUCAAGCUGCCAUUGAUUCUGUAAGAAGUAACAAUGAUCAAUGGGUAAAGAUUCACAUAAAAGCAGGCUUGUACAUAGAAAGUGUUGUUAUACCUAUAAACAAGCCAUGCAUUAUUUUAGAAGGAGAGGGUACCCCAAAAACAAUCAUUAGUCACUCCGACCACCAGUCCUUAAACAAUAAAGCUACCUUACUUCCUUUUGCACCCAACUUGCUUGCAAGUGGCAUUACUUUCAAGAACUCAUAUAAUGUGGCCACAACAAAAUAUAAAUCUUACGAUGAGGUAAGCAAAACCGAACCAGCAAAUGCAGCAAGACUAUUUGGAGAUAAAUAUUUCUUCCAUAACUGUAGUUUUAUAGGUUAUCAAGACACUCUAUAUGAUCAUUCGGGACGUCAUGUUUUUAAAGAUUGUUACAUUCAGGGUGAAAUUGACUUUAUAUAUGGCAACGGACAAUCCUAUUAUCAGAACUGUUUGGUCUAUGCUGUGGGAAAAUUUCAAAACUUAGCAGGCUAUGUGACAGCUAAUGGAAGAGAGUCAGCAGAUGAUCCUAGUGGUUUUGUAUUUGAAGGAGGUUCCAUUAUAGGGAAUGGAGCACGACCACUUAUGCUGAAGUUCUGUAAGGGACCAGGAGCUGACACUUCGAACCGUGUUGAAUGGAUGAAGAAACUAAGUUCUUCGGAUUUGAAGAAUAAAUUUUCUUUUGCAUCUUUUAUCAACAGUGAUGGAUGGAACUGUUUGAUCAAUGCUGUGGGGAGAGCUCCAAAUUUUCCAGGUUUUGUGACAGCUCAGGGAAGAAAUUCAGCCGAUGAAACCAGUGGUUUUGUAUUUGAAGGAGGUUCCAUUAUAGGAAAUGGAGCACGACCACUUACGCUGAAGUUAAUUGUAAAGGACCAGGAGCUAACACUUCGAAUCGUGUUCCAUGGAUGA